CUAAACUAUUUCACUCUUAUUUUUAGAAUGCAGCUGUGGCCAAUAUGGCAAAUGCUUAUAUGAUGAACACAAAAAACAAAUUGGCUGUAAAUGUGAUAUAGGCUAUGCAGAAAAAAUGGGAAAAUGUGAAAAGUGUUAUUGUGGAGAUAAUAUUAAUUGUACUUUUGAUGGUGAUAGAAAAGUCUGUGGUUGUGAAUCCGGGUAUGAAGAGGCAAAUGGUUUUUGUAAAGACCUCAACGAAUGCGAGAAACAUAAUCCAUGUAAACAAUCAAUGACGUGCAUCAAUUUGCCUGGUUCAUAUUCAUGCAUUUGUAAAGAAGGUUAUAAGACUGUUAUAGUAGAUACGAUAAUUAAGCCAUUAGAAAUUUGCCAAGAUAUUGACGAAUGCGAAAAUUCUUCAGCUUGUGCUCAGCCUAACACGUUUUGCGAGAACACUAUAGGUAGCUACAACUGUAUUUGUGAAUCUGGAUUUGUAUCUCGAGGGUUGAUGGAUUCCUCUUUAUUGUGCGAAAAAAGUACAGCUACAGCAAUUUACACAACUAUCGCCAUAGCUUCAUUUGUAAGUCUUAUAAUUACUGGAGCAGUCGUUUAUUACGUGAAGAAAACAUUCCGAGAAGAAUAUACUAGUUAUAAUCAGGAAUUAAAAUAGCUUACGAGUAUGAAGAUCCUGGAAAGUGGACGAUAUUUCAAGACAUCAAAUAGAGAUGAUGAACUUUGAUGCAAAUAAACAAAUCUGUAAGAAAUAUUAUGUAAAUACGAUUGUAAAUAUGUAAUAUUAUGACAAUGAGAAAUGUAGAAUAAAAGACUAGAAUAAUUA